UCACCAAAACACAUCCCGGACUCUACUUACUGUGUGUAUUCCACCUACAAGACACAAUCAACAUGUCCGACAAGUCCGACAAAUCCAACAUCCUCAUCUUCGGCGCCACCGGGGCCAUCGGCUCGUACAUCACACAGGCCCUGCUCGACGACCGCGCCCACUUCGGCCGCUUCGCCAUCUUCACCAGCCCGCAGUCCCUGCAGACCAAGACCGAGGUGCUGGACAAGCUGCGCCGCCAGGGGGUCGAUAUCCUGGUGGGCGAUUUGGGGAAUGCGGACGAUGUGCGCAAGGCUUAUGCUGGAUACGACACCGUCGUCUCCGCCCUCGGCCGCACCGCCAUCGCCGCCCAGAUCCCGCUCAUCCACCUGGCCGCCGAAUCCGAGACGGUCCGCCGCUUCCUCCCCUCCGAGUACGGGACGGACAUCGAGUACGGCCCGGCCUCGAAGGACGAGAGGCCGCACCAGCAGAAGCUGAAGGUGCGGGCGGCACUGGCCCCGCUGCGCGACCGCCUCGAGUACGCCUACAUCGUCACGGGCCCGUACCCGGAUUAUCCGUUCUAUCUGGCCGCGGCGGGGUCGGAGGAGGCGGCGAAGGCGGGGGCGUGGGAUGUGAAGGCGCGGAAGGCGGUGGUGGCCGGCGACGGGGAGGGGAGGGUUAGUUUCAGCGCGCGGGUGGAUGUCGGGCGCUUCGUCGCCCACGCGCUCACCCACUGGGACCAGGCGCGGUACCGCGCCCUCAAGCUCAACUCCUUCACCACCACCCCGCACGAGAUCCUGCGCGAGUUCGAGUUCCAGACCGGCCAGAAGUGGGAGGUCGAGUACACCGCGCUGGACGAGCUCCGGCGGCUCGAGGCCCGGGCGUGGGAGCAGGGCGCCCCCCAUGCGACGACGUUCACCCUGCGGCGCAUCUGGGCCGAGGGCGGCACCCUGUACGAGCGCCGGGACAAUGAGGAUAUCGGAGUCGUGGCGACGCAGUCGUUGCAGGAGCUGGUGCGGGAUUCGAUCCAUCGGCAGUUGGAGUAGUCGGUUGGCUGGAACGGGUUGGGUGGUUGUUCUAGAUGGUUCGGGUCAGUUGUGAGAGCAGGUUGUAUGAUACUUCUGGCUGAAGCGGUUGCUGCCAUCUGGCUUGGUUGGAAAAGCAGGUUGUAUAAUGCUCCUGAGUACGGUAGUGCUGCGCUGUGUGGAUGCAUCAUGUACCCUUUUGACAGAUUCUGUAUGCAAUUGUGGUUGAGAUUACAGCACGCCCAUGAUGGUGAAGGCAGCGCGGCGAGCAGGUUGUGUGUAGGCUGUGCACAAGCAGAUACGAAGAGUAUCUCUG